AUGGACGCAUCUGGCUAUCCUCCGUAUCCCCCAUACUCUAAGGAGACCGCGCCACCUUCAGUAGCCGAGACCAUAAUCGCUGGUCGGGAUCUACGUAGCAAGUUCAAAUGUUCACCUCAGAAGUCUGUUCGACCGCCGCCUAGGCCAGCUAAACCUAAGGGCCCUAAAGCUACCGAUGUGCCAAUGCCGAAGCGCGCUUUCAAGGCCCACUCCCGAUGUCUCCGUCGGCAUGGGGCGGUCCUCACCGAUCGCCUGGAGUGGAUGGCGAAGCCUCGGCGACGCAACGUCAUAUAUCUUUGGAGAGAAUAUGCCAAUAUAUUACCGCCGGAGACUGUAUGCUAUGAAUGCCUAUUUUAU